AUGUCGCUGCAAUACCUCGCCGACCUCGAGACGACGCCAGACGCCUCGCACUCCACGCCCGUCCUCUCCGUCUGCUGGACGCAGCGCGCCAUCCUCUCGGCGGACCUCUCGGGUGCGCUCAAGGCGUGGGACCCCACCACCCUCCUCGCGGCCUGCACGCUGCCCCAGCCCCACUCCAACUCCGUCCACGCCCUCUCGACCGACCGCGACACGCGAUACGUCCUCUCGUCGUCGAUUGACGGCAGCGUCGCCCUUUGGGAUACCGGGCUUCUACCCCGUACUGCAUCGGCAGAGGCAGGGACGGAGGAGGGAGAUGCAGCACCGCAGGGCGACGAGACGAUAGGCGACCAGGUCGAACACGAUGCCGCCUCGUCGCGCCAGGGCCCGUUGGUCGCAGCGGCGCCAGAAGAGGUGGUGGUGUGCCGCACUGACACGAUAGCCUCGUCGAGCGACGGCGUAUCCGAGGCCUGGUCGACCGCUCUCCACCCUACUCUGCCCGUCUUCGCCUCGGUCGGGAUAGGCGCCCGACCAAGCCUCCACUCCGCAUCGCGCGACGACUUCGGAAGCCUCGUCGCCAUCUCGCCACCGCACACGGCGGCGGCAGCCGCCCCUGACUCGUCGUCCCUCUUCGGCACCAAGCUGGCACUGCACGCCGAAGGGUCGCUCCUGGCCGUGGGGACGUCGACGGGCCAGGUCUUCCUCUACGCCCUCGGCCAGGGCGAGGACGGAGAAGGGUGGAGCCUCGACCUGCUCACGACGUACGCCGACCAUGCGCUGCCGGUGCGCGCGCUCCACUUUGACGCAAAGGACCACCUGGUCGUCGGAUGCGACGAUCUCGUCGUCACCCUCCACGACGUGCGCGCUCAGAGGCGUGGUGGGGGAGAUGCACCGAGCGCGACGAGGUUGGGCGGCACGGUCGCCGCGCUCCAGGGCCACCGUGGCUGGAUCAUGGACGUCAAAUCCUGCCCUACCGCCCAAGGCAGGAUCGUAGCCACCUCAUCGACCGAUCGAACCAUCAAGCUAUGGGACCUGGCCGUAACGCCCAAAUCGUGCGUCUGCACGUGCACCGAGCUCGACGAGGUAUGGUGCAUCGACUGGAGACCCACGCCGCCCCUCCGAGGCGGGCAAGAGGAACGAGGGGGCGACAGGUCAGUCUGGACGGCCACCACCGCCUCGACCUCGACCGGAGGCCUCGGUCAGGGAUCCAAGUUCGUCACGGGCGGCCACGACGGACGGGUGCGGAUGUACCGCAGCGCCGGCGUCUGA